GGAAGGAGGGGAGCCGCGGCAGCAGUGGCGCCCGAGCCGGGAGCUGGGCGCUCGGGCUGCGCUCGGCGGCUCCAGCCCGAGGGACGGUGGCGACGGCGGCGGCUGCUCCUGGAAGCCGGAGGCAGCCGGGCUGCGAGGGGCUGGGGCAGCAGCCGCGGGCGGCGAGCCUCGCCUGGAGGUGCUUCGCCUGCGGAGCCAGGAUGAGGAAAAGCCGGGUGCGAAGGAUGGUGCUGGCCACAUGCCUGGGCUCCCUGCUCCUGGUCAUUUUCUACUUCCAGAGCGGCCCCAGCCCGGUGGCGGAAGGCAGGAUCUUGGGCUCCAGAUGGUUUGGCAAGACAGGGAGGAGUCCACUUCAGAUGCUUUAUGACAGUGACCAGCUCCAGCACUCCCCCCUCCACCUGGCCCACCAAAGACGGAGGGAGCUUCUGAGUCAAGUGUGCAGCCGCUAUACCCGCAAGCGACGGCUGCUGAGCCCCGAGGAUUUGCGCCACCUGGUAGUGGACGAUGAGCAUGGCUUGCUGUAUUGUUAUGUACCUAAAGUAGCCUGCACCAACUGGAAGCGAGUGAUGAUGGUGCUCACAGGAGGCGGCAAGUACCGAGACCCACUGGAGAUCCCGGCCCAUGAGGCCCACGUGCCAGCCAACCUGAGGACGUUGGCAGACUAUAGCCCGGCCGAGAUCAAUCGGCGGCUACGAGCCUACCUCAAGUUCUUGUUUGUUCGGGAACCCUUUGAACGGUUGGUCUCAGCAUAUCGCAAUAAGUUUACCCGCAGCUAUAACACAGCCUUCCACAGGCGAUACGGCACCAAAAUCAUCCGGCGCCAUCGACAGCAUCCCAGCCCAGAGGCCCUGGCUCGGGGGGAUGAUGUCCGCUUCGAGGAAUUCCUCUAUUACCUAAUAGACCCCCGGACCCGGAAGGAAGAACCAUUCAAUGAACACUGGGAGCGGGCACACUCCCUCUGCCACCCCUGCCUCGUCCACUAUGAUGUUGUGGGCAAGUAUGAGACCCUUGAAGAGGAUGCAGCCUACGUGCUGGGCCUCAUUGGUGCUGACCGAGCCGGCGUACACUUCCCAUCCUCCUCCAAGGUCACACGCACCACGGGCAGCGAGGCAGCCCGCUUCUUCGAGGGGAUCAGUCCCUUCUACCAAAGAAGACUCUUUAAUUUAUACAAGAUGGACUACCUCCUGUUCAAUUACUCCAUCCCUUCCUACUUGCAGCUCCAGUAACAGCCAAGGAGGUCUCCGGGGCUCAGGUGGGAGGUCUGGCUUGUGCCUCUCAGUCAUCACUUACGCACCGCCAGGUCUUGUUGGUUUAGCCAUGUCCCCCCUCUAACCUGCUGCUUCCUUCCACUCCUUUCCAUGCCCAUGCCCAUGCCAUGGACUGUCCCCCACUGACUAAGGGAGACCAAGACACAGAGUUCCAAUAGAAUGAUCAGGAAAAGAUCACUAGGGCAAAGCUCACCCAUCUACCUGCAUCCCUUCUUCUAAAUUGAGCACUAAGGGUUAAGUAUGGCUACUUCUCCCCUAGCCAUUCAGUGGCCUUGCUGCAGAUCCUAAUCCUGGAGCCCCCAUCAUGGCUGGACAGGGUUCUUGGUGUGGGUUUGCUUGGAAGGUGCCCCCAUUCUGUCUUCACUGCCACUCUCUCCUAUCACCACCUCUGCCCCCCAACUAGCUCCCACUGCUAGGAAAUCUGAUGAUCUUCUGGCUGCCUUUCUAUUGGUUGGCUAUAGGUGGUGGAACUGAAGAGUGCAAUGCUGGGGCAGGGUUUUUUUCUUUAUAAGAUGCCCUAAGGUGCUGGAGUAACUCUUUUUAAAAAACAAACAAAAGUAAAUUUAUUUCUUUACCAUCUGUCUUUGUGGCAUUUCUUCAGUCAGUCGGCAAGCAUUUAUUAAGCACUUACUAUAUGCCAGCCAUUGAGUUUAGCACUGGGGUCAGCGAAGUAAAAACAGUCACUCCCCUCAAGGAGCUCACAGUAAUGGGAAGAAACAUGCAAACAAUAAUGUACACACAAAAUAUGUGUGUAUGCAUGUAUAUAUAUGUAUGUGUGUGUUGUACACAUGUAUAACAUG